CACUCCGAUAAAUGAAUAGGUUCAAUGGAAAAAAAAAAGUGAACCUAAUCGGUUUCGGGUGAUAUAGAAAAAUGAAUCGUAAAAAGUAAAGAAAUAAAAAUCUCUGAAAAAUGAUUGAAAACGAAGAAAAUCUUCCGUGUGACUGUUGAAACGAAGCACAUACCGUGAAAGGAUCGAUGUCGGUUCAUCGUAAAUCAUAAAUCAUAAAUCAUAAAUCGUACAUCGUAAAUGAGCACCGAACGGAAAAAUUUGUAACUGGGAGCAGGAUGGAACGAUCGGGUGAAAUAAUAACAAUUUUCAUAGGCCAGGCUGGUACACAAGUGGCAAACGCCUGUUGGGAAUUAUUCUGCCUGGAACACGGCAUAUUACCCAAUGGCUGCAUUCGUCCGGGUUAUCGGACGCAAGAUACUUCGCUCUGCACAUUUUUUGCGGAGACAGAUGUAAGCGUGUUUGUUGAAUUUGUUUGAAUGGUAGGAACUGUCGAGGCAUUCGUCGCAGUUGCUGGAUUUAGUCAGCGUUCGAUAAUUUCGAGGCCCGAGGGUCGUUUUCCCAGAAAGAGGUGGAACUAUGCGUCAGCUGGAGCGCCGGCUAUGAAUGCGUGAACUACAUAUGUGCGAACGAGUUAAAUUUCAGCUUAUGGAGGAAAAUGAAAUUUUCAGACGAGGAAAAUGACAGCUCGUACGGUGAUCGUUGAUCUAGAACCCACGGUGAUCGACGAGAUCAGAACAGGUGCUUACAAGAAUCUCUUUUCUCCGGCGUCGUUGAUCUCCGGAAAGGAAGACGCGGCCAACAACUUUGCCAAAGGAUAUCAUUCGAGCGGCCGCGAGGCGAUCGAUCUCGUCGCGGAUCGUGUUUGCAGGACAUGGGACAAGUGUUCCAGACCAACCGGUUUCAUCGUGUUUAGAUCGGUGAACGGUGGUACCGGUGGUGGGUUCGGUACAUUAUUGCUGGAACGGCUGACGUACGACUAUCCGAAGAAGAUCACGUUGGAUUUUGCUAUUAGUCCGGCUCCUAAUAUCUCCACCGUGAUCGUUGAACCUUAUAACGCGAUUUUCGCCACGCAUGGUAGCUUGGACCACGUGGACUGUUGUUUUCUCAUCGAUAACGAAGCUCUUUACGAUAUUUGCACAAGAAAGUUGGACGUCGAGUCUCCAACGUACACCAACUUGAACAGAUUGCAAGCUCAAGUUGUCUCGAGUAUCACGGCCUCGAUGAGGUUCGAGGGAGCGGUGAACAUGAGCCUGCAGGAGCUGCAAACGAAUCUGGUACCCUAUCCUAGAAUUCAUUUUUCUUUGGCCACGUAUGCACCGCUAACCACUCCUAGAAAAGCCAUGCAUGCGGAGAUAACGACGCAGCAGAUCACGCGCGAUUGCUUCGAACCGGGUAAUCAGAUGGUAAAAUGUGAUCCACGCACGGGAGCUUACACGAGUUGCUGUUUACUUUACCGCGGGGACGUGAGCCCGAACGACGUGAACAGAGCGAUUGCGUCCUUGAAAGGGAAAAAGUCGAUUAGAUUCGUCAGUUGGAGUCCGACCGGAUUCAAGGUAGGAAUCAAUUAUCAACCGUCCGUGUCUGUGCCUGGCGGUGAUUUAGCGAACUCGAGGAGAACAGUGGCGAUGAUUAGCAACAAUACGGCUAUUCGGCAUUCGUGGAGAAUGCUCGCGCGUAAAUUCGACCAGAUGUAUCGGAAAAGAGCCUUUAUGCACCAUUACGUGGAGGAGGGUAUAGAAGAAAGUGUCUUUCGGGAAGCUCGCGACAACAUAGCGACUUUGAUCGAUGAUUACGAAGAGAUCGAGAGGUGAUCGAUAACUGGCACUCCUCGCUGCUCGUUCAUUUUCUCGGGAUCACGAUAUGCGAACGUUGAAAGACUCUUAAGCGGCCUAUCUGUAUAACAGGUUCGGUAUCGACUCCGAGAGAUCGAGUAUCGCAAACUUUAGUAACAAUCAACAUUUUCCAUGGAAACUUUGAUUCGUUUAAUUCUUGUUUUACGAGGAUCGUAAUUGUACGUAUAGGUAUCUCUACCACGAAACUAUCGAGAAGGCUUACGGAAUAUAUCGACGGAACGAAAAUAUUUCCAUUUCUCCUUUCUUGACUUUACGGUUGAAGGAGGUUUGAAAAAGAGAAAUUGUCGCGCACCAGAACGGAAAAAGAUUCGAAUCGAAUCGAAUCGGAUUGGAUUGGAUCGGAUCGGAUCGGAUCGAGUCGCGGGAAGAUUGCACGAGACACGAGGGCACCAGCGGUAGUAGACUCUCGGGCACCAGUCGCGCAAUUGGAACGAUUGCGUUCGUCAGGUUCUCCCACUGUUUCCGCACUGCACACGACCGUAUCGAUAACGAAUCACGCGUCUGUCUACCGGGACCAUGCGCUCUACUCGCGGAAACGAGCAAUAACAAAUAUCUUUGAUCCGAUUCUCGCAACGCACACCGUAAUCUCGAUAACGGGUUGGCUGAUUAAUGGCUGAUUAAUGGCUGCCGAUAACAGCGUCCAUCGAGUCUCGAUGGAUUUCACGCGAAAGCCCGUACUUGCGUUGCGUUGCGGUGCGUUGCAUUGCGAAAUUUGAUUUUACUCGUAACAAAAAUUAAUUUCACGCUAAUAAAGCAAUUUCAUAAAAGGACAGAAUGUUAAUGAUAAUUAUUUGACC